AUGUGGGGACUUGUGGGCAAGUCAGCACUGCCUUCCGCUAGCCGCCUCCCGGCGCUGGGGUCUAGUGCCUUUGCGCCGGGGAAAACUGAGGGCUGGCGAAGCCUUGCUCAGAGGCUGGGGCUGAAGGAGAGGACCCCGAUCUGUACGGCUAAUGCAAGCGUCUCCGCAGCGCCAGCCUCGCGUGUCUCCGCGCCUCGCUCCUUGUCCGUGCGCCGUCAUCUGCCUUCUGCCAAUGCGUCGUUUCCCUCGUCUCUGUCCCCCGUCAGACCGCGCUUUUUUUCGAAUGCCAAAGCAGAACUGGACUACGGGUAUCAGUCUAGCACCGACUACAGAGAGGAAACCCAGACGUCGGCUGCAAGCGGCGGUGCGCCCCCACACAGACCUGAUUCAACUAGCUCUUUCUCCUCUGUCCCUCCUCCUCCUGUCUACUCAGGGCAAGCCCUUCCUCCUCUCUCUUCCUCUGACUCCUGUCCGCACCCCUACUCACCUUCGUCAUACUCUGCAGACUUCGGCCCUGUGACGUCUCCGCGUGAGCAGGCGUUCCCUCCCUCUUACCAGAGUCCUUACGCGUAUUCUCAGGGCUUUGCGCCGCCGUAUUCGUCUCCCUCGUCGUCUCCUAACGCAUUCCCGCCUCCGCCGAAGCAAGACGGUAGCUACAGCGUGUAUGGCAGUGAGAAUGCCAGCGGUUUCGGGGUUCCGUCAUAUGGCGCUUACGGCCAACCCGCUGUGCCGUACAAUGGCCAAGCGAAUGGGGCCUACGCGCCCGCCGGGUCUUAUGCCCCAACCGCAGCCCCCAGGUGGGCUCCUGGCCCCAGCGGAGGCUUUCAACGGGGGCCGGCGGGCUACGAAGGCCCUCAGAGAGGUCGCAGCAACGAUAUGUCGUGGAGACACAGCCAGUGGGGUCAGGACGGUGGAGCGGGUCGCCGAGGAAGGUACGAGACAGGCAACAUGGGCGCAAACCUCGUUGAGCCAAGGUGGAACGAAGAGCAGCUGGCGCCGAUAAGAAAAGAGUUUUACGUCGAGCACCCGAGUGUUGCUUCGCGGUCCGACGAAGAGAUUGCCGCCUUCUUGGAUGCCAACGCGAUGCGGGUCGACGGACAGGCGCCCACGCCGCGGCCCAUCUUCUCAUUCGAGGAGACCGGGUUCCCUGCUGCUAUUCAGAGCCAAUUGAAGAAGAUGAACUUCACCGAGCCGACUGCGAUUCAAAAGAUUGGAUGGCCUACCGCGCUCAGUGGACGCGACAUGAUUGGCAUUGCGCAGACAGGAAGCGGAAAGACGCUGGGGUUUCUCCUUCCUGGGCUCGUCCACGCCUCUGCCCAGCCCCCGCUCGCGCCAGGGCACGGCCCGAUCGUUCUGGUGCUUGCACCGACGAGAGAACUCGCGAUGCAGAUUCGCCACGAGUGCAUGCGCUUCACCGAGGGUCUCUCGCUGUCCGCGUCUUCCGUUGAAGACGGCACAGCAGCCCCUCAGGACGACAGAGACAGAGUCCGGUUCCGCACGGCGUGUGUCUACGGUGGCGUGCCGAGGCAGGGACAGGCGGCGGAACUGCGCAGCGGCGCAGAAAUUCUGAUUGCGACCCCCGGGCGUCUGAUUGAUUUUCUAGACCUUGGGGUCACGAAUCUGAAGCGAGUCUCCUACAUCGUCCUCGACGAAGCAGACCGAAUGAUGGACAUGGGAUUCGAGCCACAGGUGCGAAAAAUCUUUUCGCAAGUUCGCCCUGACCGCCAAACACUCCUGUGGUCGGCGACCUGGCCGAAGGAGGUCCGCGGCCUGGCGAGCGAGUUUUGCCGAACAAAGGUAGUCAAGCUCCAAGUUGGAAAGGCGGACUUGCAAGCCAACGCGAACGUCACCCAGCGCGUGGAAGUGGUCUCGUCCAACCAACUUCAGCAGCGUCUUUUAUCAGUUCUUCAAGAUGAAGUUGCUGGCCAUAAAACUUUGAUCUUCUGCGAGACGAAGCGCCAGUGUGACCAAUUGUGCCGGGAACUGCGCUACCGCCAACUCCGCGCCCUCGCCAUUCACGGAGACAAGGAACAACGUGAACGGGACAGAAUCCUCCACGAUUUCCGCCGAGGGGACUGCGAAAUCCUUCUCGCGACGGAUGUCGCCAGCCGAGGGCUGGACAUUCAGGAUAUUAAGUUCGUCAUCAACUACGACGUUCCUAAGAACAUUGAGUCUUACAUUCAUCGCAUUGGUCGCACGGGACGUGCAGGGAACAAAGGAACAGCGAUCAGUUUCUUCCAGUACGACUUCUAUUCUCCGGAGAAGGUUACGAUGGCUCGCAAAAUCUCCGAGGUCAUGAGAGCUGUAGGACAAGAUCCGCCGGAAGAAUUGCAGAGGAUUGGAGCUUCACGAGCUUCGUCCAGAAGUAGGAUGUAA